AUGGGGAUCAAUUAUUCUUUGCAGAAGCUGGCCGAGUUGUAUAUUGAUGAGAUUGUGAAACUGCAUGGUAUUCCUUCAAGUAUUGCGUCUGAUAGAGAUCCAAGAUUCACAUCGAGGUUCUGGGAGAGUUUGCAGACAACUUUGGGUACUAAGUUGAGGUUGAGUUCUGCUUAUCAUCCACAAACAGACGGUCAAACAGAGAGAACUAUCCAGUCGUUGGAAGAUUUGUUGAGGGCUUGUGUGCUAGAACAAGGAGUUUGUGUCAUAAUGGACAAUUCAAGCAUUUUUAUAGAAUAUGGUAGUAGUCAAGGGGAAGAUGUAGAAGUUGAUCACGGUGAUUGUGGUGGUGAUGAUGAUGACUCACUUUGGGUUCCUACAAUUGGGAUGUGUUUUUCUUGUUUAGAGAAAGUUAAAACAUAUUAUCAAGAGUACGCUUUAAAAAAGGGGUUUGGAUGGAGGAUUAGAUCAUCGAAAAAAGGAGAUGACGGGGAGGUCAACUACCUAAUACUUUCAUGUUCAAGAGAGGGGUCUAACAUUUCAAAAAAUUUAUGCACGUUAAAGACACUACCAUCUAGAGCGAAAAAUUGUUCUGCCAAGAUUUGUAUUAAAUUGAAACAAGAUAGUUUGUGGUACAUUACACAAUUUGAAUCUAACCAUUCUCAUGAAACUAGUCCUAUAAAAGCAAUAUUGUUCAAGGCUAACAAGAAAAUGAACUUACAUGUGAGGAGAACAAUCCAAAUCAAUGAUGAUGUGAGAGUAAGGAUGAACAAGACUUUUCAAUCGCUUGUUAAAGAUGCAGGAGGACAUGAAAAUAUUCCCUUUUGUGAAAAAGAUGUGAGGAAUUAUAUUAACAAAGAGUGUCGUGCAAUUGGAAAAGAAGGUGAUGGUAAGACUUUGAUUAGUUAUUUUUGUAAAAUGAGGGAACAAAAUACAUAUUUCUUCUAUGACAUAGAUUUGGGUGAUGAUUUUCAUGUGAGGAAUGUAUUUUGGGCUGAUGCAAGAAAUAGAGCCGCUUACGAAUAUUUUGGAGAUGUUGUAACUUUUGACACAACAUACUUGACUAACAAGUAUGACAUGCUUUUUGCUGCAUUCGUGGGUGUGAAUCACCAUGGUCAAUCAACAUUACUUGGUUAUGGAUUACUAUUAGAUGAAGACACAAAUUCUUUUGUGUGGCUAUUUAAGUCAUGGCUUCGUUGUAUGUUAGAAAAAGCACUUUUGAAUAUUGUGACCGAUCAAUGUAAGGCUAUGAAAAAUGCUAUUGAGUUAUACAACUCGUCAUAG